UUAUCGACACUCGAUGUUUUUUAACACGCGGUUCUUAUUUAUAUUUACAAACAUCUAAAAGAACAUGCUUGCGACAGUUUGCGAAAAAAGCUAUGCGGCGGAAGCGCGCUAUUCGAACUUUUAUGCCGGUGGCGAUAUCACAUGGAGCGCGGAUGGCCAGUAUUUUUAUUGCCUGAAUGGAGCCUCAGUGCAUCAGGUUGCUGUGCAGACUUCACUGAUUCAGAAAAGCUUCGGUGUGAAUAGCAACUCCUCGACUUCGGCGGCUGACACUAAGAAACCCGUCGAACUGGAUAACAUCGAUGUGGAGGAGGACACGAUUACCUGCUUUGCUGUAUCCCACGAGCAUUUGGUUACUGCCCACCGAAGUGGGCUUCUUCGGCUGUGGGAACUAGCCUCCGGAAAGCUGGUGAAGCUUUGGAAGGCGCAGCACAAAGGUCCUGUAAUCCGCAUUGAGUUUAGCCCUUGUGGAAGCAUAAUCUGCACAAGCGGAGGAGCUGACGCCACGCUGAGGCUAUGGGAUUUUUCGAAUAACAGCUGUGUUGGCGCUCUGAAAGAUUUCCCGGGACCCGCUUGGCUACUGGUAUUUCAUCCCAACGUACUGCGUCGGGAGAUAUAUGCCGUAUGCGCAGAUAACACGAUUUAUGUUUGGAACUACCAGACUAAAAAGCUGCUGCACAAGAUGCGAGGACACAUCUCCAUGGUCACUGGCAUAAGCUUCAAGAACACCGAAGCAGACUGCAAUGAACUUGUUACUGUAAGCCGGGACAAGGUUGUAAUCGUUUGGGAACUGGAGGACCAGAAGCUCGAAAGUAAGCAGCUCAAGGUUCUGCCCCUCUUCGAAGAGCUGGAAGGCGUUAUAUUCGCAGACGAGGGCCGAAAAAUAAUUGCUGCCAGUGGAUCUGGAAAGCUAUUGGAGGUAGACGGCAAGACUUGGCGUAUUCGAGAACUUCUGUCGCAGACGGACUUUCAAAUAAGUCGUCUUCUAAACUGCAGAGAACUAAAGCAACUGGCCUUGGUCACAAGUGAGCAGAAUAUAUUGAUAUACGAUGCAGAAAAUCUAAGCCCCAUUAAGCAGCUGGUGGGCAACAAUGACGAGAUUCUGGACAUGUGCUUCAUGGGCGACAACGAUCGCUACCUGGCCGUGGCUACCAACAGCAAACACUUCAAAUUAUAUGACACGGAACGGGAUAUGAAUUGCCAACUGAUUGUGGGACACACGGACACGGUCAUGUCAUUGGCAGCCUCCCAAAAUCUGUUGAUUUCCGUGGGGAAGGACUGCAGCGUCCGGCUGUGGAGACUGCGACAUGAUCAGGAGUGCUCUUUGGAGCCGUUAUUGCAGCAAGACAACUGCCACACAUCAACCAUUGGGUGCGUGGCCAUGACUCACAACGGAGCCACAGGAUUUGCCUCUGUAAGCCAAGAUGGCAGCAUGAAGGUAUGGCAGUUGGCCAGGGACAAGCAGGAUCGCAAUGCAUACUCCUUCAAUCUGCGUUAUGCAGCACUCUCCCACGACAAGGAGGUCAACUGUGUGGCCUAUGCGCCGAACAAUAAGCUCAUAGCAACGGCCUCGCAGGACAAAACAGCAAAAAUUUGGCUAUCAGAUUCCAAUUCUCUGCAGGGCAUUCUUCGGGGACACACCCGAGGAGUUUGGAGUGUCCGCUUCUCCCCAGUGGAUCAAAUCGUACUCACCUCCUCCUCCGACUGCACCCUGCGCCUUUGGUCGCUCAGCAACUUUGCCUGCCUAAAGCGAUUCGAUCAGGAAUGCACCGUGCUCAGAGCCGAGUUUCUGGAUCACGGCAAGUUCAUCCUCUCCGCCGCAUCGGAUGGCUUGCUGAAGCUGUGGAACAUCAAGACCAACACGUGCCUGCAAUCCCUAGAUGAGCACAAUGACAGGAUUUGGGCUCUGGCCGUUUCCGGAAGGAGUAAUAGAUUCUUCUACACCGGCGGAGCCGAUUCAAAGUUAAUACGCUUUGGGGAUGUGACCCAGGCCACGCGUAACGAGGCUCUUGAUCAGCGCCAGGCCACCUUAGAGCAAGAGCAGACACUCCACUCUUUACUCCAUGCCCAGAAGCAGCUCCAUAAGGCGUUUGUGUUGGCCCUGAACCUGGACAAACCGAAAGCCAGCUACGAUAUCAUCAACCACUUUGUCCGGGAGAGGGAUGAUGAUGGUCUCCGCCAGCUAGUGGACCAGUUGAACGUGGACCAGCGUGUGGCGCUGCUCCAGCAUGUGAAGGCCUGGACCACAAACUCUCGGCACUCGCAGGUGGGCAACCUCAUUCUCAGGCAUCUGAUUGGCGACGCUCUGCAUGAUCCGAAAGCACGCUUUUACAAUAAUGGCAACAUGGUUGAGGUCUUGACACCCUAUGUCCAGAGACACUUCAAGAGGGUCACCGAGCUGAACAAGGAAUUGGCCUUUUUAGAGUUUAUCGUGAAGUGCAUGUAGGGUGUGACAAUAUUUUAACUAGUUUUAAAAUAAUUCUUUUUAAUUAUUUUUAAGAAAAUAAAAUUUACUUACAUAUAC